CCCUGAGACGCUGCUGGGGGACCCACGCAAGAGGAUGCGCUACUUCGACCCCCUCCGCAACGAGUAUUUUUUUGACCGUAACCGUCCCAGCUUCGACGCCAUCCUCUACUACUACCAGUCGGGUGGGCGCAUCCGGCGACCCGUCAACGUCCCCAUCGAUAUAUUCUCCGAGGAGAUCCGCUUCUACCAGCUAGGGGAGGAGGCCAUGGAGAAGUUUCGGGAGGAUGAGGGUUUCAUUCGGGAGGAGCAGCGGCCACUCCCUGACAAGGAGUUUCAACGCCAAGUGUGGCUCCUCUUCGAGUACCCUGAGAGCUCUGGGCCGGCCCGAGGCAUUGCCAUAGUCUCUGUCCUGGUCAUCCUUAUCUCUAUUGUCAUCUUCUGUCUGGAGACCCUGCCUGAAUUCAGGGAUGACCACGACUAUGAGGGAACUGGGGGGACUUUUGGGACGGGUGGUGGCCCUCUCCCACCUGAUGUCUUCACCAACUCCUCGUCCUCAGCCUCUUCCAUGGUGUCGUCCUUCACCGACCCUUUCUUUGUGGUGGAGACUUUGUGCAUCAUCUGGUUCUCCUUCGAGCUGCUGGUCCGCUUCUUUGCCUGCCCCAGCAAGGCCACAUUCUCCAAGAACAUAAUGAACAUCAUUGACAUUGUGGCCAUCAUUCCCUAUUUCAUCACGCUGGGCACCGAGCUGGCUGAGAGGCAAGGCAAUGGCCAGCAAGCCAUGUCCUUAGCCAUCCUCAGAGUUAUCCGGCUGGUCAGGGUCUUCCGCAUCUUCAAGCUUUCCCGGCACUCCAAGGGGCUGCAGAUCCUGGGGCAGACCCUCAAGGCCAGCAUGCGGGAGCUGGGUUUGCUCAUCUUCUUCCUCUUCAUCGGUGUCAUCCUUUUCUCCAGCGCCGUCUACUUCGCAGAAGCCGAUGACCCCAGUUCAGGUUUCAGUAGCAUCCCUGAUGCCUUUUGGUGGGCGGUGGUGACCAUGACCACAGUGGGCUAUGGGGACAUGCACCCCAUCACCAUUGGGGGCAAGAUUGUGGGCUCUCUCUGUGCCAUCGCAGGGGUGCUAACCAUCGCUCUCCCCGUGCCCGUGAUAGUCUCCAAUUUCAACUAUUUCUACCACCGGGAGACGGAAGGUGAGGAGCAAGCCCAAUACAUGCACGUCGGGAGCUGCCAGCACCUCUCGUCCAGCGAGGAGAUGAGGAAGGCUCGCAGCAAUUCUACCCUCAGCAAGUCCGAGUACAUGGUGAUCGAGGAAGGGGGAAUCAACCACAGUGCAUUCAAACAGGCUGCCUUUAAGACAGGCAACUGCACAACCACAAACAAUCCCAACUGUGUGAGCAUCAAAAAGAUCUUUACGGAUGUUUAAAAAAACAAAACCAAACAAACGGCAACAAAAUCUGAGGAUGCGGUAAAAAAAACCAAUAAUAACAAUAAUAAUGCAAAGUGACUGUGUA